AUGAAAUCUCUAACAAUCCACACCCUAAUCACAACCAUUUUUCUCAUUUCAAUCCCAACAUCAUUCGCAUUACCACCAUCACUCGAGAACGUUUUUGCACAAUGCAUCACCGAUUUCAAACCUUCAAAUCCAAAAUCCCCAAUCAAAAACUUCAUGUACACGCAACAAAGCCCUAACUUCACCACAAUUCUUAACAACUAUGUCCGUAACCUUCGUUACUUCAACAGCACGUCACAUAAACCCGUGGCGAUCGUAGCGGCCGCCGAUGUCACUCACAUUCAAGCUACGAUCAACUGCGCCAAAAAACUCAACAUCCAGCUCCGGAUUCGAAGCGGAGGCCACGAUUACGACGGAUUAUCGUAUUCAUCGCCAGUCGAUUUUGUCGUCUUAGACAUGUUCAAUCUCCGGUCUAUCAAGAUCAAUCCUAAACUCGACACCGCCUGGGUCCAAUCCGGUGCUGUGCUUGGAGAAAUCUACUACGGUAUCGCCAACAAAACUAACAAUCUCCGCGGAUUUCCCGCUGGAGUCUGCCCCGGUUUAGGCGCCGGAGGGCAUUUUAGCGGUGGAGGUUACGGAAACAUGAUGAGGAAAUACGGUUUAUCGAUUGAUAACAUUAUAGACGCGAAGAUCAUCGAUGCUAAAGGAAGACUCUUGAACCGGAGCUCAAUGGGAGAAGAUCUUUUCUGGGCCUUACGAGGUGGUGGAGCCGCUAGUUUCUGUGUUGUCUUUGCCUGGAAGAUCAAGCUUGUUCCGACGCCCGAGAAAGUCACAGUCUUUAAUGUCGAUACGGUCGGAAACAGAGGAGGCGUGAACACCACGGAACUUGCAGCUAAAUGGCAAGAGAUCGCAGACAAGAUCGACAACGAUUUGUUUAUUAGGUUAACUUUAGGCGCAAGCAACAAAACCCUGAAGGCUUCUUUCAUGGGAAUGUACCUCGGAAACUCAUCAAAGCUUCUAGAGAUCAUGAACGCGAAAUUCCCUCAGCUUGGUCUGAAUAAAACAGAUUGCAUAGAAAUGAAAUGGAUCGAAUCGGUUCUGUUCUGGCUCAAUAUCCCACCCGGCUCAGCACCAACAACGGUUAUGCUAAACCGGAUCCCGCAAAAACAAAUCUACCUUAAGAGAAAAUCCGAUUACGUCCAAAAACCGAUAUCAAGAGCCGGUUUAGAGGCGAUAUUCAAGGUUCUUAUAGAGAACCAGAACGUCACAAUGGCUUGGAACCCUUACGGAGGGAGAAUGAGCGAGAUUCCAUCGACCGAGACCGCGUUCCCGCACCGAGCAGGAAACAUGUUCAAGAUCCAGUACUCAUCGAACUGGUUCGUGCCAGGCGAAGCAGUGGCUAAAGAUUGCUUGAGCCAAACGGAAAAAGUGUUUGAAGCAAUGAGCCCUUACGUGUCGAAGAAUCCAAGAGAGGCGUUUUUGAACUACAGAGACAUUGACAUUGGAAAAAGCUUGAAUUCCACGUACGAUGAAGGUAAAGUGUACGGAGUGAAGUAUUUCAAGAAUAACUUCGAUAGAUUGGUUAAGGUUAAGAGCAGAGUUGACCCUGACAACUUUUUCCGGUAUGAGCAGAGCAUUCCAUUGCUCUCCAGCCACUAG